AGUGCCAGGGCCGAGCUUAUGGGUUCAUUUGUGACUCAAGCCCUCUAGGCUUAGAGUCCGAAGGGCGGGACGAAGUCGUGGGCGGGGCAGGAAGCCUUGGUACCUCAGCUACGUUUGAGGACUGGAAGUCUCGAUCAGAACCACUGGAGGGAUCGGUUACUGGGAUCCUAACGAGGGUCUUGCUAAGUUGCUUAGGGCCUUGCCAAGUUGGUGAAGCUGUCUUGGAAUCCCUCUGCUUCAGAAGCCUUCUGAGCUUUUAGGGUUACAGAGCCCAAAUGGCGCAAUGGGAGAUGCUGCAGAAUCUUGAUAGCCCAUUUCAGGACCAGCUGCAUGAGCUCUACUCACAGAGCCUCCUGCCAGUGGACAUUCGACAGCACUUGGCUGUCUGGAUUGAAGACCAGAACUGGAAGGAAGCUGCACUAGACAAUGAUAAUUCCAAGGCCAGCCUGCUCUACUUACACUUCUUGGAGCAACUGAACUAUGAGAUUGGCCGCUGCAGUCAGGACCCUGAGUGCUUGUUGCUACAGCACAAUUUGCGAAAAUUCUACAGGGACAUUAUGGACUUUCCACAGGGCUCCACCCAAUUGGCUGAGAUGAUCUUUAAUCUACUUCUGGAAGAAAAAAGAAUUCUGAAUCAAGCCCAGAGGGCUCAGGAGCAAGGAAAGCCAGCCCUUGAAGCAUCUGUGGAUAGCCAGCAGCCUGAGAUUGAAUCUCGCAUCCAGGAUUUAAGGGUUAUGAUGGAGAAGCUGGUGAAAUCCCUCAACCAACUGAAAGAACUGCAGGAUAUCUUCAACUUCCGGUUUACUAUUUACAAAAAAGGGAAGACGUCCUCUUCGGAUCCCCAUCAGAACAAAGAGCUACAGCUUCUUCAGGAAACUCUCAAUGACCUGGACAAAAGGAGAAAGGAGGUGCUAGAUACCUCCAAAGCAGUGGUAGGCCGAUUAACUACCCUAAUUGAACUACUGCUGCCAAAGUUGGAUGAGUGGAAAGCCCAACAGCAAAAAGCCUGCAUUGGAGCCCCGCUGGACCAGGUUGGGUUGGAACGUCUGGAGAACUGGUUCACAGCUGGAGCAAAGCUGCUGUUUCAUCUGAGGCAGCUGCUGAAGCAGCUGAAUGAAUUGAGACACAUUAGCUAUGAAGGUGACCCUCUGGUCAAGGGGGUGAAUGUGCAGAAUGCCCAGGUCACAGAGUUGCUUCAGAGUCUGCUCCACAGAGCCUUUAUUGUGGAAACCCAGCCCUGUAUGCCCCAAACUCCCCAUCGACCCCUUAUCCUCAAGACUGGGAGCAAGUUUACUGUCCGAACAAGGCUGCUGGUGAGACUCCAGGAAGGCAGUGAGUCACUGACAGUGGAAGUCUCCAUCGACAGCAAUUCUCCUGAAGGCUUCCGGAAGUUCAACAUUCUAACCUCAAACCAGAAAACUUUGACCCCAGAGAAAGGGCAGAGUGAUGGUUUGAUUUGGGACUUUGGCUUCUUGAUGCUGGUGGAGCAACGUUCAGGUGGCUCAGGAAAGGGCGGCAAUAAAGGGCUGCUGGCUGUGACAGAGGAAUUGCACAUCAUUACCUUCACAGUCAAAUACGUCUACCAGGGUCUGAAGCUGCAGCUGAAAACAGACACCCUCCCUGUGGUGAUUAUUUCUAACAUGAACCAACUCUCAAUUGCCUGGGCCUCAAUUCUCUGGUUCAAUCUGCUCAGCCCAAAUCCCCAGAAUCAGCAGUUCUUCUCCAGUCCCCCUCAGGCUCCCUGGAGCUUGUUGGGUCCUGCUCUCAGUUGGCAGUUCUCCUCCUAUUUUAUAAGUGAGAGAGCUGAGGCCAAAACCAAAUGCUCACUCCCACACACAAGGGACUGGGGGUCUUGCAGCUAUUUUCUGUGUUCCAGACGCAUCAUGGGCUUUGUGAGCCGGAGCCAGGAACGCCGGCUGCUGAAAAGGAUGGUCUCUGGAACGUUUCUGCUACGUUUCAGUGAAACAUCGGAAGGAGGCAUUACCUGCUCCUGGGUGGAACACCAGGAUGAUGAUAGGGUGCUUAUCUACUCUGUGCAGCCCUACACCAAGGAGGUGUUGCAGUCACUCCCACUGACUGAAAUCAUCCGCCAUUAUCAGCUGCUUGCUGAGGAGAACAUACCUGAGAACCCCCUGCGCUUCCUCUAUCCACGAAUCCCCCGCGAUGAGGCUUUUGGGCGCUACUACCAGGAAAAAGUUAAUCUCCAGGAGCGGAGGAAAUACCUGAAACGUAGGCUCAUUGUGGUCUCUAACAGACAAGUGGAUGAGUUGCAACAACCACCAGAGCUUAAACUGGAGCCAGAAUUGCCAUUGUUAGACCUGGAGCUGGGGCUGCCAUCAGAGCCAGACCUGGGGCUCGGCCUGGAGUUAGAGCUGGAUGCAGGGCUGAAUCUGAGGUCAGUGCUGGAGCCUGUGCUGGAGACCACUCUGGAGCCAGGGCUGGAGCCCACACUGGAGCCUGUACUGGAGCCUACACUCUGCAGGGUAUCACACAGCAUGCCAGAGCCAGACCUGAAACCUGUAUUACAGCCAAUGCCAGAGCCGGAUUUGCCCUGUGAUCUGCAAAACUUGAAUACUGAGGGAAUGGAAAUCUUCAGAAACUGUAGAAUAGAAGAAAUCAUGCCAAAUGGUGACCCGCUGUUGUCUGGCCAGAACACCACUGACGAGGCUUACAUCUCCUGCCCCAGCCAUUUCUACACGGAUGUACCCUUGACUUCUGACCUCUAGGAGCUACAUUUUCUCUGUUAUUUCCAUAUCUUUUGCCCCUCCUAGUCUUCACAUCAUGAUGCUGCUCUUCAAGUAUGGGAAAUUAGAGAUUCUAAGCUGGGGUUCAAGGGGAGAGGUGAAAGAAACAUGAAUGUGGAAGGGCACCAACAAAUCAGAAUAGGUACCUGCCAUAGUUCUAAAUAAGGUCUUGGAGGCUAUCUGCUGUGCUGGGAGUCUUAGGGGUCCUGCAGCAGGCCCGGAUAGUUUGCAGGUAUUGGAGGGCUCAGGGAAGUGGCUUCUUUCCAAUAUGGAAGGAUUUCAACAUUAUAAUAGUUGGUAAGAUUAAACUGGCACACACUAGCCUUGGCCCUUUGUGAAGAGUACAGACAUGUCAUAGACUUCCACUUCUCUUAUUAUUAAAUUCCAUUUUUCUGUUGGAUAUUAGUGAAUUCAAGGCCUCAUGCAUGCUAGGCAAAUGUUCUAUCACAGAGCUACACACUUAGCCCUUUAUUUCUCUCUUCUGGUUCCAACUUUUGUCCAUUCCUGUCAAGGAUAGUUGUGUUUUUUUUUUUUUU